AUGACAGAAAAUUUUCUUAUUUUUGGCCUUCCCUUUUUGCCACAGUGCAAUGACACUCUUCCAUCCUCUCAGUUUAAGUGCCUUGUGGCAGAGAUGGGACCUUUGGGUCAAGCUCUCCGACCGUUUGUUGUCCCCACGCUGAAGGUGGGAACACUUGAUUCAUUAAUAGAGGCAAGUGAUGAACUUGCCAAGCUUGAUCCCCAACUUGAGAAUAAUGUGGAAAAGUUGAUUGCCCUUAUGGAAGAGACUUCUCAGAAACCACGAAGUGUCGUUUCUGCCCUUCGUAUUAACCAAACACAAGAAAUGACUCCAGCUGCAUAUAUCAAAAAUUUUCUUUGGAGUUCAGCGCAAUUUGAUACAAGGGAAAAAAUUCAGUCACUAAUAGAGAAACUUUCUCAAAUUUCGGCGUCAAUAGAAGAGCGUAUUCGUGUAUUAUUAAGUGAAUACAAUGAAACACGGAAUAGGCUAACUGCUGUGAACCGAAAAACGCAGGGGAAUUUAUCGGUGAAACCAAUUAGGGAAUUGGUUGCUUCCUACAAUCAAAAGUUUCAAUGUUUUGUGGACACGGAAAUGCUUGUUACAUUAUUUGUUGUUGUACCUUUGGCCUCUCAAAAGGAGUGGCUUGAAACUUAUUGGUCCCUCAAUGAAUUUGUUUGUCCCCAAUCAAACCGUGUGAUUGCGGAAGAUAAGGAAUGUGUUCUUAACAGCAUUGUUACAUUUCGUAAAGCGAUGGAUGAUGUAAAAAUGAUCUGCCGGAAGAAACGUUUUACGGUUCGAGACAUUGAUGGAGUUGAUGAUUUAUCGGUAGCUGAAGUAAAGGAACUGAAUCAAAAGGCUGAAAAAGAACGGAAGGCACUUUAUACAGUACUUUGGCAGCAGUAUUCUCUUUGCUAUGUGGCAUGGGUACAUGUCAAAGCACUUCGAGUCUUUGUUGAGAGUCUCCUGAAGUAUGGUUUGCCUCCUCGAUGCAUAUCGGUUGUGCUACAAGUGGAUGGCAAAAAAGAAGCGGAAAUCCGAAAGAAAAUAUUGCAAAUUUACCCCAAUUUAAUCUCUCCCUUGACGAACGAACCCCCAACAGAUACUGGAAUGUUGCAGUAUGAGUACCCAUAUGUUUCUCUUAAAGUAACCAACUUUCAGAAAGACUAG